AUGUUUAUUGUAAGGCAAUGCUUAUUUUUCCACAAAUUAGUGCCUCGGGAUUCAUCUCAAUCUCCUUUCCAAUCUCUGGACCUCAACAUACUCAUGAUACUUCACCAACAAUUGAUGCACCUCAUGAGCCAAUCUCACCACAAUAUUGUUGCAUGCAAGUGGGUGUUCCGAGUAGAGAGAUUUACUAAAGCACACAAAAAUGGCAGAUUUUUCAAGAACUGCGAAAAGAGGAGUGGAAACUCAGUGAUGGCGCUUAAGUUACACCAAGAAGCUAGGAACUGGAAUGGAACGCCUAAUUCAGUUUGUUAUAACACACUUAUUCAUGGCCUUUGUAAAGAGGGGUUGGUGGACGAGGGCAAGCAAUUAUUUUUGGAGAUGAAGGGUAGUGGAAUUAUGCCAAACUUGGUUACGUAUGGUGGCUUAAUUCAUGGUUUGAAUGAGGCACUUUGUAAGAUGAGGAAGACUAAUGAAGUGAGAGGGCUGUUAAACUUGAUGAUUCAGAAGGGUGAAGAGCCCAAUUCAUUGACAUAUGGCAUACUGAUGAAUGGGUUCUGCUUGGAGAAUAGGAUUGACAAUGCAAAGGAGUUGUUUGAUUUCAGGGGAGCUAAAGGCCAUAAGAAAAAUGAUGUAUGCUACGGCGUGUUAAUUAGUGGUUUUUGUAAUGUUGAAGUCGCACGGGGACUUUUUGUAAAGAUGAAAGUUUAUGAGGUGAUUCCGGAUACUGCUACUUAUACAAAAUUAUUGGAUGGAUUUUUCAAAAACAAUUGUGUUGCAGACGCAAUGGAGUUGUUUCAUUCUUUGGAAAUAUCUAGCUUUGAUCUUCACAUUGAAGUAUAUAAUCGCGUCCUUGAUGGAUUGUGUAAAGCAGGAGAGAUUGAUAUUGCGAAACGGGAGAGCUUAAUUCUGCCAUUGAGCUAUUUGAAAGCUUGUCCCAAAAGGGCUUGGCACCAACAGUUGUUACCUCUUAACAUCAUGAUUAAUGGAUUUUGUAAAAAUGGUGAGAUGGAAAAGGCGAAUAAUUUGUUUCUGGAGAUGGAAAAGGAAAGUUGUGCACCUGUUGUGGUCACUUUUAAUACGCUUAUGCGAGGAUUUUGUAAUAAUAACGAGGCACCAAAAGUAAUUGAACUUCUUCAUGAAAUGGCAGAGAGAAAUAGCUCCCCUGAUGAGUACACAGUAGUUCUAGUUAUAAAUUUAGUGUGUAAAGAUUCAAAGUAUCUGAGUCUGAUUCCUCGUUCUCAGGGUGGGCUCCUAUUGGGUGGAGGAUCACAUUUUUCAUUAGAAAAGCAAGAAAGAAGCCAUUAA